UGAAUUCGUCUUAGAUCUCCAUUGGAGGCACACGUUUUCACUGGUGUGCGGGAGAAUAAAAAAUAUUAUUUUUAUUAAAAUAAUUUAACAUCAAUAUGACGGCUGAAAAAAAAAAUGAAAAAAAAAAACCAGUUGAAAAUACCGAACCUCCUAUAUCUUUUUUUCAAAUAUUCCGAUACGCGACAUGGACAGAACGGCUGGCCACUUUCCUGGGGGUAAUUUUCGGACUCCUCAGUGGAGGCGGUGUGGGGUACAACUUGGUACAGUUCGGAGAGCUGAGCACUGCUUUUGUAGAAAGAACGACAUACGAACAGGGUCUCAAGAGUUACUUGCCGUUGACGCGGUUGUUCGGAGGCGGUCAGAUACUAGUGAAUGCAACCUAUAAACAGCAUUUAGAGGCAUUAGUAGAUGAUGGUAAAGCGAUGUGCGCAGGGAUGUUCGCAAGUAUUGCCAUCUCGCUCAUAUUUUGCAUGCUGUCCACAGCGUUGGUGAGCUGGAGUGCAUUACGACAGAUAACUAGAAUACGAAUGCAGUUCCUUACUGCUGUUUUUCGCCAAGAUAUGGCAUGGUACGAUACAGACUCUGAAUUUAACUUGGCUUCUACAAUGUCUGAUAACAUGAUGAAGUUGAAGGAAGGCAUGGGUGAAAAAUUGUCAGUUGUUGGAAAUUUAGUGGGCACCGCCAUCAUUUGCAUCUGUGCCGCUUUUCCUCUUGGCUGGGAACUGACUCUCGCUUGUAUCACCGUUGUACCGUUCUCUAUAGGAGCUUCUGUAAUCCUGUCUAAAUAUCAAAUAAAUUCUUCCAUCAGAGAAAUGGAAUCGUACAGUCAGGCUGGUAAACAAGCUGAACAGGUGCUUAAGUCUGUUAGGACCAUUGUUGCUUUUGGUGGGGAGAGCAAAGAAAUUGAAAGAUACAGAAGGUUGUUGGAGCCUGCAGAGCGUUAUGGACGUAAACGAGGCCUUUACACUGGUCUCGGAACAGGUUUCAACUGGGUUCUUACUUACUCACUGAAUGCUAUAGGACUUACCUAUGGAACCAGGCUGGUCAUACAAGACAAGGAUAAAGAUAUAGAUGACAGGAUAUAUGUGGUUGGAGUAAUUUUCAGUAUCAUGUACAGCGUAUACAUGGCGACACAAUCAAUUACAUUUUGCGUUCCGCAUGCCGAGGUAUUUGCUUCAGCCCGUGGAGCGGCUGCCAGUAUUUUUCAUAUUCUGGACAGGAUACCCAAAAUAGACAGUCUUUCCAAAAAAGGAUCUGCCCCUCGUCGUGUUAUAGGGGAAAUAUCAUUAGACGAUGUCUACUUUAAUUAUCCAUCACGACCUGAUGUUAAAAUUCUGAAAGGAUUUUCGCUUCACAUCAAGGCAGGAGAAUGUGUUGCUUUAGUUGGUUCAUCUGGCUGCGGAAAAUCAACUAUAUUACAGCUACUCCAGAGAUUAUACGAUCCACACUCAGGCGCCGUUAAACUUGAUGGAAAAGAUGUAAAAAAUCUAAACUUAAGUUGGCUGAGAUCUUCACUAGGUGUGGUAGGUCAAGAACCAGUAUUAUUCAGGGGAACAAUUCACGAAAACAUUGCUAUAGGUUGUCCUGAAGCCACCCGAGAAGAGGUUCAAAGGGUAGCUGAAAUGGCAUAUGCUCAUGACUUCAUUACUCAUUUGACUAACGGAUAUGACACAGUGAUCGGAGAACGUGGUGCUUCUCUUUCUGGUGGGCAGAAACAACGUAUUGCCAUUGCCAGAUCUUUGAUACGCGAACCGGCUGUAUUGCUGUUAGAUGAAGCCACAUCCGCUUUAGAUCCUCAUUCAGAGAGACAAGUACAAGCAGCUUUGGACAGGGCUAGUGUAGGAAGAACAACUAUUAUUGUCUCUCACAGACUAUCUACAAUUGUCAACGCCGACCGAAUCAUUUGCAUGGAUCAAGGAUGCAUAGUCGAAAGUGGCACACACGAUGAACUCAUGAAAGCAAAAGGAUUUUACUUCAAGCUUGUAACUACUGGCAAUGAUAACCAAGAGCCAGAUGUCAUAGAGACCUUGCCUGAAGAGACCGCUGGAGAAGAAGUAGCGGAAGUGCCUAUUGCACCUCGUCACGAUGUUAAGCGACGAUCCAAUAGAAGAGUGCACAGACACCACUCACUGAAAAGGGAAUCGCACGAUUGGAUGACACCACGCGGUUCAAUCAGCUCCGUCAUGUCCACCGGCUUACAGAACUUCGUGUACAACGCUGAUUUUGAAGAAGAACCGGAAAAAGACGAAGACGAUGAAGUGAAAUCUAUAAGCGAUUGGCAGCUUUUGAAACUGAACGGGCCAGAAUGGCUGUUGCUAACGGUGGGCUCGAUAGCCGCCUUCCUGCAAGGCGCUUGUUUUCCAGUAUUUGCACUUCUCUUUGGUUAUACCAGUGGUAUAUUCGCGCAGAGUGAUAGUGCUGAAAUAAUCUACCAAGCGGAUCUGUAUUCGGGAUUGUUUGUUGUAAUAGCGGCAGUGGCCGGCAUCGCCAUGUGCCUACAAGGUACAACGUUCACUUACGCAGGCCUAAAGAUGACCACGCGCCUUCGGUAUCAAUACUUCGCUGCACUUUUGAGUCAGGAGAUCGGGUUCUUCGACAAAACGACCAAUGCCGUUGGAGCGUUAUGCUCCCGUCUUAGCGGUGAUGCUGCUGAAGUACAAGGCGCCACAGGACUGCGCAUAGGACUGAUUCUUCAGGGCUUGAGCUCCGUUGUUGUUGGAUUCAUUAUGGCUAUCAGCUUCAACUGGAAACUUACGUUGGUUGGGACGGCUUUCUUGCCUCUUAUGGUAGGCAGUAUAUGGUUAGAAGGAAUAGUAUCCCAAAAGUCUCAAUCUAACGAACGCGAAGCCAUGGAAACAGCUACUACUGUUGCCACCGAAGCUGUUAUAAGCAUUAGAACAGUGCAAAGUCUAGGUGUAGAGCAUGUUUUCCUGGAAAAGUUCAAAGAGGCAUUGGACGACUCGUGCGUAGCCGUCAGCAGGAAAACCCGUUGGCGAGGUCUAGUAUUGGGCUUAGGAACUUAUGUGCCAUUCCUGUCAUUUUGCAGUGCCACAGUCUAUGGUGCAGUGCUUGUUGCGAGGGAAGGUGUCGAGUACAAGACUGUACUACUGGUUAAUGAAGCUAUAAUGUAUGGAGCAUAUAUGUUGGGCCAGUCGUUAGUAUAUGCACCAAGCUUUAAUUCAGCUAAAGCGUGUGGUGCCAGAAUCCUUUCGGUUAUCAACAGACAGCCUAAGGUCAGGACUGAAAACGGAGUCAGGGACAAGAAAGACUGGAUUGCGAGUGGCAGCUUCAGCUUCAAGGACGUAGAAUUUAGUUACCCGACGGCUCCGCAUCAUCGCGUUCUUCGAGGACUCGAGCUGAAAGUGGAAGCCGGAAAAACCGUCGCACUGGUCGGGGCUUCAGGGUGCGGCAAAUCUACAGUUCUACAGCUUAUGCAAAGAUUCUACGAUCCUGACACGGGUUGUAUAGAACUGGACGAACGCGAUACACGCACCGGACUGACCCUGCCUCGUCUGCGGCGGCAACUGGGCGUAGUACAACAGGAGCCGGUGCUGUUUGAUCGAACACUCGCCGAUAACAUCGCGUAUGGAGACAACAACAGGAGAGUCACUAUGCACGAGAUUAUCGCUGCUGCCAAAGCCGCUAAUAUACAUAGCUUCAUCGUCUCCUUGCCAAAGGGCUACGACACAAAUUUGGGCUCGAGUGGUGCUCAAUUGUCUGGAGGACAGAAGCAACGAGUGUGUAUCGCGAGAGCUCUAAUAAGAUCACCUCGUUUAUUGUUGCUGGAUGAAGCCACAUCAGCGUUGGAUGCCAACAGUGAAAGGGCCGUGACAGAGGCUUUGGAGAAAGCAGCUCAAGGUCGCACGUGCAUUACAAUUGCACACCGUCUAUCUACCAUCAAAGAUUCAGAUGUGAUCUGUGUUGUUGAAAGUGGUAAAAUCGUGGAGCGCGGCACACAUACCGAGCUGGUCGGCAUGAAGGGAGUCUACUGGAAAAUGUGCAAAGGCCAACACGUUGCAUAGAAUAUUUUUAACCAUAAUAAAAAAGCUGAAAUACCAAAUAUUCACCUGUCUCUAUUAAUGUAAAAGUCAACUAUUCAGGUAGAUAUUAUUAUUAUGUCAAUUUAAGUAGAAUAUAAGUUGUGAUAUUGUCUUACUUCAUUAAGUAAUAGUAACAUUAUAUCAGCAUUAUUAGGUAGGUACACUUACAU